GCUUCGUACCCUUAUCACAGGUUUCGGCUUUGUAAAUUAAUUCGUCUGCAAAUAGUGCCCUCUCUCCAGAUGCAGCUUCAAUGCUGUAGCACUGGUUUCUUAAGGAUUUAAGUUUAAAGUCAAGGGCUUCCUGCCCUAGGUGUUACAAAUAAGUAGUGUCGUUUUCUUUUUGCUCCCAGUUUGUUCAUCCAAUCAUAACCCAGUAUGCAAAUAAACCUUAGCCCAUGCAGAUAAAAAGGAACAAAUAAAGCCAAGUGCUCUAUCAGAACCAAAUCGCUGAGCCUGUCACCUGUGUUCCAGGAGCUGAACCAGAAAUGUCGUCCUCUGCCAUGCCAGAUGUACCUGUCCCACUCACCAAUUUGAAGUUUCAAUAUACUAAGAUAUUCAUAAACAAUGAAUGGCAUAGUUCAGUGAGUGGCAAGAAAUUUCCAGUCUUUAAUCCUGCAACUGAGGAGAAACUAUGCGAGGUAGAAGAAGGAGAUAAGGAGGAUGUUGACAAAGCAGUGAAGGCCGCAAGACAGUCUUUUCAGAUUGGCUCUCCAUGGCGUACUAUGGAUGCUUCAGAGAGAGGACGGCUAAUAAACAAGUUGGCUGAUUUAAUCGAAAGAGAUCGUCUGCUUCUGGCAACAAUGGAGUCAAUGAAUGGUGGAAAACUAUUUUCCAAUGCAUAUCUGAUGGAUUUAGGAGGCUGUAUAAAAACAUUACGCUACUGUGCAGGCUGGGCUGACAAGAUCCAGGGCCGCACGAUACCCAUCGAUGGAAACUUUUUUACUUAUACAAGAAAUGAGCCUAUUGGUGUGUGUGGCCAAAUCAUUCCUUGGAAUUUCCCAUUGGUCAUGCUCAUUUGGAAAAUAGGGCCUGCCCUCAGCUGCGGAAACACAGUGGUUGUGAAACCAGCAGAGCAAACCCCUCUGACUGCUCUUCACAUGGCAUCUUUAAUAAAAGAGGCAGGGUUUCCUCCUGGAGUAGUGAAUAUUGUCCCUGGUUACGGGCCUACUGCAGGGGCGGCCAUUUCUUCUCACAUGGAUGUAGACAAAGUGGCCUUCACAGGAUCAACACAGGUUGGCAAAAUGAUCAAAGAAGCUGCUGGGAAAAGCAAUCUGAAGAGGGUGACCCUGGAACUCGGAGGAAAAAGUCCUUGCAUUGUGUUUGCUGAUGCCGACCUGGACAGUGCUGUUGCAUUUGCACACCACGGGGUAUUCUACCACCAGGGCCAAUGUUGUAUAGCUGCAUCCCGGCUCUUUGUAGAAGAAUCAAUUUAUGAUGAGUUUGUUCGAAAGAGUGUUGAGCAGGCUAGAAAGUAUGUUCUUGGAAAUCCUCUAACCCCAGGAGUCAAUCAAGGCCCUCAGAUUGAUAAGGAACAAUAUGAAAAAAUACUUGACCUCAUUGAAAGUGGGAAGAAGGAAGGGGCCAAACUGGAGUGUGGCGGAGGUCCAUGGGGGAAUAAAGGCUACUUUAUCCAGCCCACGGUUUUCUCUAAUGUUACUGAUGAGAUGCGCAUUGCCAAAGAGGAGAUAUUUGGACCAGUGCAGCAAAUCAUGAAGUUUAAAUCUUUAGAUGAUGUAAUCAAGAGAGCAAAUAAUACUUUCUAUGGCUUAUCAGCAGGAAUUUUUACCAAAGAUAUUGAUAAAGCCAUCACAGUCUCCUCUGCUCUGCAGGCCGGGACAGUGUGGGUUAACUGCUAUAGUGUGGUAUCUGCCCAGUGCCCCUUUGGUGGAUUCAAGAUGUCUGGAAAUGGUCGAGAACUAGGAGAAUAUGGUCUCCAUGAAUACACAGAGGUCAAGACGGUCACAAUCAAAAUUUCUCAGAAGAACUCAUAAACUACAAGAGUGCAGAGAUGACUCCUCAAUGGCUAAGCACCUCCUUCAGUGGCUAAUAUAUCAUAGUGGGUUUUAAAUGCAAAAUUGUUCUUUCUUUCAUUUUUUAAACAUGAGCUAAUCAUAUUAGCAUUAAUACUACACAUAGAAAACUUGAUAUGUAGCUUAUUCUGAAGGAAUCAUCUGUCUCCUGAUAUGUGACACCCAAGUCCUACCCGUAAUGAAAACGAUGGAUUUGGAUGCAAGAUCUCUCUAGCUCUGUAACAGUCAUGUGCUUUUCUUUGUAGCUACUUGUCUAGGAUAAACAUUUUAUGAAAGAGGACCAGUUAUCAUCUAGCUUCUUUCCCUUGACCACCCCUUGAAGUACUUACCAUACCUGUUAACUGCAGACUAGAUGUGCUCUGUUCCCCAUAAUUGUGAAGUCCUUGGAGUUUGUUGAAAUGUUUCCUAAAAUGUCAUGUCUGCUUGUCAAAUGAAGUAAUGCCUGAAAUACUUAGAUGUAAUCUAAACAUAAAGCUUAAUAAAAACAACCUUGCAUGAU